GUUUACGUGUUCAACGUUAUAUCAGUUGAUGGAACAGGAAGAAAAGGUAUUGGAGGAGGGUGGUGAGGUGGCACGUGGGUUUUAUUGGCCAUGGUGGAAGGGGUAAAUGGCCGAAGGCAUAUUUUUUACAACUUUCUUGACCGAAGGAUAAUGUAAACUAUUUUUGAAAGUACCAUUACAGAAUAAAUUAGUAUAGAACUGACUUCUGACUUUCCUGAUAUAUCCUGCUGUUAUAACCAGAACAAACAUCAGCUUUGCAUAAUUAGGCAGUUGACAUUGCCAUGCUGAAUGUUCAAAUAUUGAUGAUGAAUCUUCUCGGAAGAAAUGGCUGCUCCAUGGUAUAGAAAAAAUGACAGAACAAUUGCACCAUAGUCGAUUUGCAGAUAAGAUGUUUGUAAGAAAAGAAAGCUCUGGAUUGCUACUCUUUUACUACUUGUAAUCUGCACAAACAUAUCCGAAGCCCAAAACAUUACUCCGUGUUCUUCUUGUGGUGAUCAUAACAUCAAUUUCCCGUUUCGAUUGAGAGCUGAUCCCGGGAGUUGUGGAGAUUCGAGGUUCCAGCUCGAUUGCCAGAACAAUCUUAGUAUCAUAAGUUUGAAUUCAAGAAAAUACAACAUGCUCGAAAUCAACUAUGAUAAUUUCUUAAUAAGGGCAAUUGACCCUGGUUUGGAGAAUCAGAGCAGGAACUGAACUUCUUUUCCCAAUUAUUUCACCACAAGUUAUCCUAGCUCCUCAACUUUUAGUGAUUCCGAUCCGAUUAUUCCCGUUAUAUAUGUCAAUUGUUUAGCCACUGUAAAUUCUUCGCGCCAUGGGGAGACUACUUUCUGUGGAUCACAGAACAAGACUUCUUCCUCAAAUUAUUCACAAAGUCAUAGCUAUGUGGCCGUUGGACAGGACAUGUCGAUUUCGGAUUUGGCAGAGAACUGCAGAGUGGAAAUGGUGGCCUCCGCCUCAGCUCAUGGGCUCUCGGGGGACAAUACUUCUCUAUCGAGCAUUGAGGGUGCCCUGAGUUAUGGAUUUGAGCUUUCUUGGAAGCAUACCUUCUUGUGCAGAGAAUGUGACGCAAGGCUAGAUACCUGCUUUGCUGAAGGCGAUGGCUUUGGUUGCAGGGACAGCUGCUACGAUGACACGGGGAUGGUUCUUCCCCUCCCCUGCAGCAUAUACAUCUAUGGCAGUACGUAUGCGAGAUACUGAAGUGCUAUAACUCCAUUAUACUAAGCAUUCCUUUGAAGGAGGGCCGUUAAAGCAAUAUGUUUUCCAAUUAUAAUCCCCCUUCCAAGUCUUUAUACAUUUUUUUUUGCCUUAACGUAAUGUUUCUUUGCCAUUUGCCUAUUCUGACAGUUCUUACUAUAUUUUACGGUGGAAUAGUUAUAGUUUCACUACUGUCAUUCCGAUUUUCCUGUGGAUUCAUUCCUGAUUGCAUUAAUAGUGUAUAAAUGGAGAAGAUGACAGUUGUCUAUAUAUCAAUCAAUUGAAGACUUCCUGCAAGUCCAGAGCAACCUCUUGCCAAUUAAAUACUCCUACUCUGAGAUUAGGAAGGUGACUAAUAAGUUCAAGGAAAACUAGGAGAAGGAGCCUAUGGAACCGUCUUUAAAGAGAAAGCUGCGUAGUGGUAGUGGUCCUUUUGUUGCAGUGAAGAUGACGCACACACCUAAGGCUAGUGGGCAAGAAUUUGUCAGUGAAGUUUCCAUAAUUGGAAGGAUUCACCAUGUUAAUGUCGUGCGACUGAUUGGAUUCUGUGUCGAGGGCUCAAAACAUUCUUUGGUAUUUGAGUUCAUGCUCAAUGGUUCCUUAGAUAAGUACAUUUUUCCACAAGAAAGAACUGUUUCCCUGAGUUACAAACAUAUGUUUGAUGGAAUGGCUCGUGGCAUAGACUACUUACAUCGUGGCUGUAACAUGCAGAUCUUACAUUUUGAUAUUAAGCCUCACAACAUUCUUCUUGACGAAUAUUUCAACCCAAACAUAUCCGACUUUGGGCUUGCGAAAUUGUAUCCAACAGAUGAUAGUAUUGUUGGUCUAACUGCAGCAGGAGGGACAAUGGGUCACAUGGCUCCAGAGUUGUUCUAUAAAAAUAUUGGAGAGGUGUCAUACAAAACCGAUGUAUAUAGCUAUGGCAUAUUAUUGAUGGAAAUGGCAGGCAGAAGGAAGAACAUGAGCCCGUUCGCACACCACUUAAGCCAAAUUUACUUUCCUACAUGGGUUUACAACCAACUUAAUGAAGGGAACGAUAUAGAGAUGGAGGAUGCGAGCAAGGAAGAUAGGAGGUUUGUCAAGAAGAUGAUCGUGGCUUCGUGGUGCAUUCAGAUGAAUACUGUUGAUCGUCCUGCCAUGAACAAAGUUGUUGAAAUGCUUGAAGGAGAUAUUGAACUCUUGCAUAAUCCCCCAAGACCUUUUAUAGCUCCACGUGAGAUUAAUGCUGGAGAUGCUAUUGAGACAAUAAGAAUAUUCAGUGAUAUCUAGGUGGCCAACUCACCAUGUUGUACAAACCAUGUUCAUAAUUAACUUAAGCUCUUUCUCUUGAGCUGGUGAUUAACCUUUUCGAGGAUAACAACAUUGCUUUUAUUUUGUUAGAGAAAAUGAACCAAUCUUGAUUUCUAA